AUGUCUGAUCCGAAGGAAUACACCGUUGGCUGGAUUUGCGCCAUCCCUCCCGAAUACGUCGCCGCAAGAGCUUUUCUCGACGAGAAACACCCAGGCCCGACAUCCAUCGCCCCACAAGAUAAUAACCAUUAUACCCUUGGCCGCAUCGCGGAUCACAAUGUUGUCAUAGCUACGCUUCCCACAGGCGAGUACGGCCUCGUCUCGGCCGCGGGGGUCGCUCGAGAUAUGCUGUGGAGCUUCCCGAACGUGAAGGUCGGCUUGAUGGUGGGCAUAGGCGGUGGUGCGCCAAGCCGGAAGCAUGAUAUCCGCCUUGGUGAUAUUGUCGUCAGCGUUCCUGGCGACGGCGAAGGUGGCGUCUUCCAAUACGACUAUGGGAGGGCCAUACAGGGCCACGGCUUCGAACAGACUGGAUCCUUGAAUCAGCCACCACUUUUCCUACGUACAUCCAUCAGCGGACUUCGGGCCCGGUAUGAGGAAGAAGGUCAUAAAAUCGGAGAUAUGAUAAGCAGUGUUUUUGAGAAAAACGGACGGUUACGGACGAAGUAUCAAAGGCCUGACCGGGCCAGCGAUAGGCUCUAUUUGAGCACCGUCGUUCACCCUCAAGACGCCAAAGACGCCAAAGAAAGAGGCUGCGCACAAGCUUGUGGCGACGAUCCGUCAAUGUUCGUGCCGCGGCCCGAACGCAGUGAAGAAGAGGAUGAUCCUGCUAUACACUACGGCCUCGUAGCCUCCGGAAAUUGGCUGAUGAAAGACGCGACCAUCCGGGAUAAACUCAUAGCAACAAAGGACGUUUUAUGUUUCGAGAUGGAGGCUGCUGGCCUGAUGAACCACUUUCCUUGUCUUGUCAUUCGUGGUAUCUGCGACUACUCGGACUCGCAUAAGAAUAAGGAUUGGCAGGGUUAUGCAGCCAUGGUGGCAGCCGCAUACGCGAAAGAUCUUUUGCGUGAAAUUCGCCCGAGUAAAGUUGAGGCCGAGAAAAGGAUCACUGACGCGCUCCCCGUUCCAUUUGAGAGGAACCGAAACUUCGUCGGUAGGGCCUCUAUCCUAGAACGGAUAUUGAAGCGCGUGGACCCUCGUGCAAGCACAGAAUACUGUCAACGCACAGCCAUCGUUGGCCUCGGAGGCGUUGGAAAGACGCAGGUUGCCAUCGAAGCGGCCUAUCGAAUUCGUGACAUCCGCCCUGACUGCUCUGUCUUCUGGGUCCCGGCCGUGGAUGCUACCAGCUUCGAAAACGCCUACCGCGAGAUCGGCCAGAGGCUCAACGUUAAAGGAAUCGACAAAGAUGACGCCGAUACCAAGAAACUGGUUAAUGUUGCGCUAAGCGAUGAAGGUUCUGGGAAAUGGCUUCUGGUCGUCGACAAUGCGGAUGAUACAACAUUGCUACUUGAUAAGACCUCUUCAUACCUGGCUCGGUAUCUCCCAUCUAGCAAGAACGGCUCUAUAUUGUUCACGACAAGAAAUCACGAAGUUGCGGUGGACCUAGCCGAUUCUCCGAAGGACGAUAUUUUUCAGCUUGGCGAGAUGAGCGACGCUGAAGCUCAUCAACUGCUGGCGACAGGUCUAGAUGAUGCCCAGAUACAUGAUACGGAAAAGACGACACAGCUGCUAGCUUUUCUUGAAAAUUUGCCGCUUGCUAUUCGGCAGGCAUCCGCAUGCAUGGCCAAAAAACAAAUAUCAACAGCCAAAUACCUCCACUUCUGCCAGUCGAGCGAUGACGACACGAUCGAGCUCCUAAGCCGAGACUUCGAGGAUCGGGGUCGAUAUCGAAAUGCCAAGAACCCAAUCGCUACCACGUGGCUUAUUUCCUUUGAAAAUAUUGGGAAAGCUGAUCCGCGAGCUGCAGACAUCCUCAAGUUUAUUUGUUUUGUAUCUCCAAAGGACAUUCCACGCUCUCUUCUCCCAUCAGCAAAGAGUCUCAUGACGGAGGAAGCGAUUGGGACUCUUAAAGCGUAUGCUUUCCUCGCAGAGCGCGACUGCGGCAGCUCGUAUGAUAUCCACCGGCUUGUUCAGAUAGCAGCACGUAACUGGCUCAAGUUGAAAGACGAAUGGCAAAUAUGGGGUCAGAAGGCAUUGCUGCGGGUGAAUGAAGAGUUCCCCGAUCCACAACAUGAGAAUAGAGAGGUAUGGAAGCAGUACCUUCCACAUGCAGAGUGCAUAUUAUGUUUCUGCACAAGCCUAGUGGAGGGCAAGAAGUCUGAACUAGAGCUUUUACCAAAAGUGGGCUUCGGUUUUCUUCUUCUUGGCAACUAUAAAGAGCCCGAAGCGGGAUACCGUAAGGCACUUGAGAUGCAGGAGAAGUUGCUAAACAGUGUCCAUUCCUAUACACCUGAAAAUAUGGAUAGGGCUGUGGGCUCCUCGAGGCUUUUGGACAACUUUGGGGUUAUACUUACAGGUCGGGGCGAGGACGGAAGGGCUGAGGCAACACACCGUAAGGUAUUUGCCCUAUUUAAGGAGUUACUAGGUUAUGACCAUCCUAGGACACUUACGAGUAUGGUCAACAUUGGGGGUGCACUCCUACUCCAGGGCAAGUAUGAAGAGGGCGAGGCGAUGUUUCGCCAGGCACUUGAAUUACAAGAGAAGGUGUUGGGCUGUCAUCACCCUGAUACACUUUUAACUAUGAGCAACCUUGGGGCUGCGCUUAAUGGCCAGGGCAAGUAUGAAGAAGCCGAGGCGAUGGUUCGCCAGACACUUGAAUUACAAGAGAAGGUGUUGGGUUGUGACCAUCCUGAUACACUUGCGAGUGUGAUUAACCUUGUGUGUGCACUCAAGCCCCGGGACAAGCAUGAAGAGGCUGAGGCAAUACACCGUAAGGCAGUUACCCUAUGUGAGAUGGUGUUGGGCUAUGAUCAUCCUGAGACACUCAAGCAUAUAGAUAACCUUGGGGCUAUACUCCAUGGCCAGGGCAAGUCUGAAGAGGCCGAGGUAAUGUUUCGAAACCUACUCAAGUUACGAGAGAAGGUGCUAGGCUAUGACCAUCCUGAUACACUUAGGAGUAUGAACAACCUUGGGGUUAUACUCCGGAGCCAGGGCAGGUAUGAGGAGGCUAAGGCGAUAUAUCGUAAGGAAUAG